ACCAAUAAAAAACAGUUUUUUUUUGUUUUAAACUGAAUUAAAACUUUAUUUAAAAAAAAAUAAAAUAAGUGGACAUAAAUAUUAGAGCACGUAAAAUAAGGUUCAUUUCCUGACGCACAAUAACAAAGCACAAACGGAUAAGAAUUAAUUUUGCACCCGCACCAAUUAAUAUGAAUGUAGCUAUCAAACGGUCUAUUCUCCAGCCCCUCGUUAGCUACAACCAUCCUUGCGUCCUCUCUUCAGACAAGCGGGGGUCAGUGUUUUUACAGUAGCCAGGUGCUUCUUGAGCCGAGGCUGCAGUCGUCUUCUUGCCAAUGCAAAGACGGAGACGCGGUGGUCGGGACUCGGCUUCGCCGGGGCUUCAGACGCGGGCAAGAUGGCCUCAUCUCCAGAAUUUGGUUGCGUGUCCAUGAGCUGGUACGAGGGCUUGCGGGGCGUGAGGCAGGACGGGGAGCGUAAGGGAUGAAGCUUCCCCUUCCCCGUGCCGGAAGAUUGAGCGCUUGCUCUGUCUGGGAAAUAUAACGACUCCCGUCGAAAGACGCCCGGGCUCUCUCCGAGGGCCUGGAAGCCAUACGGGGUGGUGAUUUUUGGAACAGGUAGAGACAUUGCCGCGCGUGUCGUUGGGCUAGACUGGUCCUUGUUGGAAAGCGCUGUGGGCCUGGGUCGUUUAGGACUUGGGCCGGGGGAGAGCGAACAGCGCGGUAUCCAUUCCCUGGUAAAACAACUGGGCCCAAUUUCGGACACCUCUGGAUUAGAUGGAGGCUGCGGGCUGUAUGUCCGUCGCGAGAGUGGACCGAAGGACGGAAUUGUAAACUUAAGAACUCGAUCAGGAGUCAAAACUACAUCUCGCAGUGCGGUUGGACGACUCCUCACGUAGUUUUGGGUUUCAUGGAGGGAUGGCAAUCCUAAGAACCUGUUUUCGUUGUUUUCCAGGUCGCAGUUUACGGUAGCUGAACUUCUGUCUUCAUCAAAAGCGCAAUUUCUGGAUGCAUACAUUUUCUGUUUUGCUUCUAGGACCAAAAAGAAAAAACGAGACUAUUUUCUGUUUGCACUUCCUCUCGAUAAAAGCAGUCUUUUAACUGCGACCAGGCCUGACAGACAUUUCAAAAAUAAUAUGGGUGUUGUUUUGUCACUGGCAUUUAUUGGAUUCUGCCGGUCGCUGUCCGUCGGUCGGCGCGGGGCCAGCCAACCGCAAGGAAGCAUGAACGGAACGCAUAGACAAUGAGCCUCGCCAAGAAGCGCCGAACUGCCACUCCUAACUCGAGCCCUCCCAGGCCCAAAGCCAGAAAGAAGGAGGAGGAGCCUGAGACCGGACCUCCAGUGUCCCACAAUGCACCGCGCGGAGACACAGAUAAGAGUGCGGCGGCCGCGGCUCCCGGGGAAAGGGGCCAGGGGAUCGUCUGCGAUGUGCCCCCUCCUGCCCGGCGGUCGGCCAGGUUCAAGUGUCCGCCUCUGGAGCCUGGCGGGGAGGUCCUUGCAGGCCAGGCAGGCAUAGCUCCGCCUCCAGGUGAUGCUCAAAAUGAGGAGCCUGAGCCAUCAGGCAGCCCAUCACAGCGCCCUCUGCUGGCCCAGGAGGACAGUGACAUGAGCCUGAUCAUUACCCUGGAGGACGAGCAGCGCGGGAGGCGGCGCAGGCGAAGGAGGAAGGGCGGGGUGAAGAGGAAGCGGGGCGGGGCCAGCGGGGAGGAGGGCGGGGCCGAAGGCUCCGGCUCGGGUCAGGAGGGGGAGUCGGAGGGCCCGGAGGAGAGUCAGAUUGAGGUGGAGUUUGACAGCCAGCUGGACAGGGAGCUGGAGAGCAAGUCCCGCCAGCACAACCUGACCUCCGCCAACGUGCGCAACAUCAUCCAUGAAGUCAUCACUAACGAGCACGUGGUGGCCAUGAUGAAAGCCGCCAUCAACGAGACGGAGGCCAUUCCCGUCUUUGAACCCAAGAUGACGCGCUCCAAACUAAAGGAAGUGGUUGAGAAAGGAGUGGUGAUCCCGAACUGGAGUAUCUCCCCAAUGAAGAAACCCAAUGAGCAGAAGGCCCCCCAGUUUGUUGACAUUCCUCUUGAGGAAGAGGACUCCUCCGAUGAAGAGUACCGCCCCGAUGAAGACGAGGAGGAUGAGACGGCUGAGGAGACGUUUUUGGAGAGUGACAUAGAGAGCACUGCCUCCUCUCCACGGGGCAGCAAAGGGGCCCUGGCCCGGAUGGUUGCCGAGGGCGACGAGGACAGGAGCUGCAGUCCUACACAGCGCUUGCGCAAGUCCAGGCACCUGAGAGUGGAGGCCGUGCCCAUGGGCCCCCCACCACCCCCGAAACCUGCAGGCCCCCAGCGCCCCCCCAGGGCCCCGCCCGAGUGCAGCUUCAUGGAGAAGCUCCACGCCGUGGAGGAGGAGCUCGCCAUCAGUCCCAUCUGCCUGGAGCCCUACCAGGCUCUGAGCGGUGCUGCCGAGGGGGCCAGCGUGAUGGCCUGCCGCACCCGCUCCAAGCGCACGCUCCGGGACGUCCCGCUCGGCAGGCUGGAGGCGGAGCUACGGGCCCCCGACAUCACCCCGGACAUGUAUGACUGCGGCUCCGCCCCCGAGGACAGGGAGUGGACCCACUGGCUGCAGGGCCUGAUGACCUCUGAUAUGGAGAACGACGAGGAGGGCGAUGAUGACGAUGACCCUGAGUACAACUUCCUGGCGGACAUCGACGAGCCCGACCUGGAGGACUACCGUAACGACCGGGCCGUUCGCAUCACCAAAAAGGAAGUGAGUGAUCUGAUGGAGGAGCUCUUUAAAACGUUCCAGGAUGAGUUGUUAGUGCAGGAGCAGGAUGAAGAAGGGCACGAGGAAGAGGAGGAGAGGGAAGAAGAGACACCACCCCAGGAGGCGCCCAGUUUCAACAUCCCACAGACGAUCCGGUUCGAGGACCCGCCGGCCGCCGUGCUGACGGAGAGCCACCGCACGGUGAAGCAGCAGCUGGAGGCCCUGCGGCGCCAUCGCCACCUGCUGGAGAGUCAGGGCGGGGGCCCCGUGCUCCUGGGCCGGCCCUGCGCCCUCAUCCUCACCCACGCACAGAAAGCGCAGCUCCAGCAGCAGGUCCAGCAGCACGUCCAGCUGCUGACCCAGGUGCACAUGCUCACCAGCCCAGUGGAAGCGCUGCAGAGCGAAACCGCCACCACUCGCCUCUUCCUGUCGGAGCUGGAGUCGUUCGCCGAGCGCGGAGAGCGCGCACGGGGCGCCGCGGAGCCGGGGUUCGCCAGCGCGUUCAGGGCCUGCAACCUGCAGGGGGCGCUGUCUCUGCUGCAGGAGGUCACACUGAGCCCCGAGCCCCCGCACCCAACCCACUGCAGCCCUGACCACCGCGCUGGGGGGCGCCCCUCCCCCCUGCUGCCUCCACAGUUGGCCUGGCUGCUGGCCACCCGGCCCGUCUUCAUGUACCCCGAACUGCUGCCCCACUGCAGCCUGGACCCCGCCCUGCACCCGCCCCGCACAAACUCCUUCUACACCCCCGGGGAGGACAACUUGGUAGUGCUGGGCCUGAGGAACUUCAGCGAGACGAGGAGCCCGUACGAGCUGGUCUGCGAGUACCUGAUCCGCGGCAAGGGAGCCAAACAGCUCCGCAAGCACGUCCUCAACAUGUGCCACCGCCGUCCCCGUGACAACGCCAUCAAGUUCUACGUUGAGCGGAAGAUGGUUCCCCCCAUGACACUGGCGUGUGGUGAAGUGAAGCCUGGUGAACAGCGCCCUCCGGUGGAAAGGGAGGGGACCGGCAUGCCCCCGUGGCUGCGGAAGAGCAUACGCCAUAUUCACGAGGCAGUGAUGGACUACAACCACUUCCCGCUGGAAGCUCCGCCUCCUCCUGCCAAACCGUCCUAUACCUUUCCCCCAAACACACGCUAUCCUCCCACGCUGCCCCCGGUCCUCACCCUGCACCCCUUCGGCUUCAGACGGCAGCGUCCCGUUUCCGUGGAGGCAGGCUGCGCCCCCGUGCCUGACCCGUGGCUGGUUUUAGGGCACGGAGCUGACCCUUGCCUUGCUGCCAAGAUCGCCCCCUGCUGUCACGGAGGUGCGACUGCAGCAGAGGGGAGGACUGCGUGCACAGAAAAGUGUGGCCCCUUGCGCGAAGCCCUCAGUAAGAUGGUUCCCAUCCAACCCGCGCCCCCUAAACCUCCGCCCCCGCCCCUGCCCCCCCAGGCCCUGCAGGUCCUCACCGUCCCAGCAGGGGGCGCCCUCCGCGUGCCGGAGGGACUGGCGAGGGCGGGGGUGGCGACGGUCGUGUCGGGCGGCGCAAAGGAAGCGGGUCAGUCGGGGGCUGUCCAUCACGGCGUCCCGCCCGCCGUCAUCAUCAACGUGACCGCCCCAUUGGCCACUGCGGUCGUAUGUCCCGCCCCUUCCUGCGAGAGAUUGGCUGGUUUUGUCAGUGAGGCCCCACCUCCGCCACAGGAGGGCGUCGCUCUACCCUUCUCCCCCCUCGCUCUGCUUGGAAAAUUCGGCAGGCCGCUGCUGCCCGCCCCUCUGCGAGAGAACACCCCUACGGCCCCCCCGGGGAGGACCGUUAGAAGAGGACCCAGCGUAUCGAAUGGAGUGCCUCACCCUGGUAACCCCCAAAAGCCCAGAGCAUUCUGGGAUGUGGUAAAUGUCCUUGCCGGUCCGAGCGGGGAAGCGGAUGGCGGCACAGUGGGCCCCAAACUGGGAGGCCUCCAAAAUCAGCCCCCUUCGGGUCCCCGCCGGACGCUCUCCGCUCCUGCGGGGGGUCCCAAGUACGCCCUGGUCAGCUGCGGCCCCAGCGCCGCGCCCCACGUCCUCCUCUUACCCCAAAACUGUGCGAUUGCGGACGGGAUGCCGGUGAGCGCGAGUGUGCCGGCAGGGGCCCAGAACGAGCCGGGGGACCCCCAAGAGAGCCGUGCUGAGGCCCCCACAAGGGGACCGCCCCCCUCUUCCAAAAUCAGCACGGUUGAGCUGGAAUGGGCUGAGCAAGGAGAGGGAUGGGAGGAAGAGGAGGAGGAGGAGAAAGAGGGAGAAUGCGACGGCCAGGAGGAACCGGAAGCGGGAGAUUUCGGGGGCCCCCUCUUGGCCCUGUCGGAGUCCUCGGGGAGCCCCGCCUCCAGUCCGCGCACCCCGGAGAAGAUGGAUGCGGAGGAGGGUGGAGGAGAGGGGUGGAGCGGGCUGCUGACCUCCACCCCGCAGCACAGCCCCCAGGGAAAGCGGGAGGGGGAGGGGCUGGAUGACGUCGCCAGCGAGGAAGAGGAAGUGAUGUCGCCAGCGUCCGAGCAGUCCUUGUUGUCAGUGCCAGAGCUGCAGGAGACCAUGGAGAAGCUCAGCAUGCUGGCUUCAGAGGGCAGGGAGUCUGAGGCGGGAGAAACAGACGACGGCGAGUCCCCAAACUCCCUCGCUUCUCCGCCCUCGUCCUCCGGCCCCCAGAAUCCUGAGGAGAGGGCGGGGACGCGUGAGGGGGAGAAGCCAAGGGAAGGCGGAGCCUCCCAGUCUGUUGCUGUAGGCGGUGCGCCUCGAUCCAGAGGGAAACGAUUUGGCAAAAGCAGAGGCAAUGGCCGCCACCCCCGCACUAGCGUGAAAUGUAGUGGGCGUCAGGAGCUGGACGAUGGGGACGCGUCCAAGCCGCUGCUGGUCGGCGGCGAUGAUGACACACUGAGCAGUGAUCCCCUGAGGGAGAGCAAGGACAUGGCCUUCGCCAGGGCCUACCUCCGCAGGGUCUGUGCGGCCGUGCGGGGCGUCCCGGGGAAGGUGGAGGAGUUCCUGAGGGUCCUGUACGAGUUUGAGCAGGGGGGAGAGGGGCGGAGCUCGGUGGAGCUUUUCGAGCAGCUGAAGCUGGUGCUGAGGGACCGGCCCGACCUGCUCUGGGACUUUGCCGCCUUUCUGAGGCCCGAGCAGGCCCGGGAGUGUGGCCUGCUUGCUGAGCAGCAGGCUUUUGAGCGCAGUCGCCAUUUCCUGCGGCAGCUGGAGACGAGUUUUGGGGAAAGCCCCGCCCACUACCGCCAGAUAGUGCGCGCUCUGCAGGAGGGGCCCGGCCUCAGCCCCGCAGGUCUGAGAGAGCUAAAAGCUCAGAUGGCCUCCAUGCUCAAACACCACACCCAUCUUCAGGGUGAAUUCUGGGAUUUCUUUGAUGAGCUCCACACAACCUCCUCGCAGUCAGUUCAUCUGGAAAAUACGCCGUUUUCAGAGGUAGGGGAGGGGACAACUGUAGGACAGGAGAGUAGGACAAGGGCCAGAGGUCAGCACAAGAAGGACAAGCUUCCUGUUUCACAGGAAGGGGAGGAGCCCCACAAAGCUGGACCAAUGAUGGUCCGGAGGAGGAAGAAGGGCAACUUUGGCUGCCGCAAUCCACGCAAGGGCUCUGUCUCCCGGGCUACGAAGGGGCGUGGCCUCUCGCCUCCUGAAACCAGCACCCCCCCUCCAGCAGCUCACCCAGAGAAAAGACUGGAGGAGAGGGAGGAAGAGAGGAGGGAGAGAGGUAUGGAGAUAAACGGCCCGUGUCCCGGUAAAGAAUGUGAGGAAGAGGAGGAGCCUGAGGAAGAGGACGGGCAGCGAGAGAGCGGGAAGGCUGGAGGAGUUGGAGAUGCAUGCGGUAACACCCCAGCCGCACACCGGACCCUGCCCAGCCCCGACCCCCCUGUCUGUGCCAAAAACGUGUCCCUCACACCCACGGGACAGAAGGUCAUCCUCUGGACCAGGGAAGCAGACCGUAUAAUCUUGACUGCCUGCCAGCGUAAGGGAGCCAAUCAGAGAACAUUCCAGGCUGUAUCCGCUCAGCUUGGGAACAAGACGGCCAAUGAGGUCUCCCUGCGCUUCCGGGAGCUCGUGGACCUGUUCCACAGCGCCGCCCGGCCCGGCAACAAGGCCGGCGACCCGGACCAGCUGUCCGCUUCUGAAGACGAGCCGGACUGAACAGAACCCAGAGGGCUGGACCUACAGAGACACCCCCCCCCCCCAUUGGAUACAGCGGUCUUCAAAGGGGAAGUCGGUACAGGAGAGACCGAGCCGAUGUGUAUUGGGUCAGAACCAGAGGAGACUGGAGUGGUGUAUCCCAGCAACACCAACAUACAGACCCGACUAGACCUGGGGCAAGCCACCAGACCGGUCGCUGGCUUUGGAACCUCCUCCGGACCCAAAGUCGCAGAGACCACAGAACUGAAUAGAUCGACUAUGAUUAUGUUUACGUCUGCACUGCUCUUUCUGCGGUGCGAAUAAUUGCACACGAUAACCUUUCCAGGGCUGGUCUUGGUAGACUAGUUUAUUAACAUCAUGCGCAUAAGUGGCUUGAACAGGAAAUUAGUUUCUGAUGAGAAGCUGAUGCAAAAGGUCAGAGGAUCUGACAGAUGUUAUAGAUACUAUUAUAGGCAGAGUUGUGAUUAAUAAACAAUAAAAAAAACACCAAAAAGGGUACCGAAUAACAGAAGAACUGACUGACCGGCAAAUUGUGCUGAAGACAGGGGUUGAACUUAAAUUUAAUUGGGCCAGAACACUGAAUAAUUGUAGCAGGGAGUUUAGAAAGUACCUUCUAAAUCAUACAUAAUUAGUAAUAUUGCCAAAAGAUGCCAAAUUAGCCUUUCAGUAUCAACUUACCCCCAGAUGUACAGUAGUACAGUAUUAUAACUUAUUGUGCUUGUUGUAUAUACAGAAUUGGGUUUAUGACCUUACAGUAUCCUUUAUUUACAGUGAAAUAUUUUUGUAUUGUUUUUUUUUUUGUCAGAAUAAAUACAGAUAUGCGUAUCUCUAAAUAUGGGUGUUGAAUAAAAUGCUCCACUGAGAA